CGUUGGCCAGACAGUUCGGGGAAGCAUCUCCGUUAACAGUACAGCCAAAGCCGUCGUUCGGUCUCUCUCGCUCGCGCCCCUGCUCUCAGACCAGCAUCCCGAGUGAGAACGCAGUUACAGGUGUACUUGUGUGUUAUCGUUGCAAUAUCCACCUGCAUUCGCCGUCGCAUCCAUGGUCAGCUUCCUCUCACUUCGCAUGGUGUGCUCCGCCGCCCUGGUGUCGCUGCUGGUGCUGGCCUUGUCGUCCCGCAGCGCCUUCGCCCGCUCCGUCGACGGCGUGGGGCGCCUUGAGAAGCUGCUGUCCUCCUCGUCUUCGUCUUCGUCAGGCUCCUCUUCCCCACUGAUUGCCCUCGGCGACGACCACAGCGUGAACAAGCGCGACACCUUCGACCACUCGUGCAAGGGCAUCUACGACCGGGAGCUCUUCAGAAAGCUGGACCGCGUCUGCGAGGACUGCUACAACCUAUACCGCAAGCCCUACGUCGCCACCGAGUGCAAGUUCAAUUGCUUCGUGAAUCCGAGGUUCAAUAACUGUGUGGCUGUUCUCAGACAUGAUGUUAACCGCUUUACGAAUAUGGCUUUCUUUCUCCGCUAUUCAUAAUGGUUGAAGGCUAUGGAGUAACUGUUACGCCAACUUCGUAUUCAAGCAGUGCCUCGACGAUCUGCUUAUGGUCGACGCCAUUGACGAGUACGUGAACACCGUCCAGCUGGUAGGGAAGUAAAGGACAGGAGUCUCUCUGGACACUCAUAUGAAAGAAAGAAGAAAAACAAAACACCUGGAAAUAUAUGGACAUUUUCACGACAACGAGAAUAAUUUUUGAAAGUCCUUUGUCUUGUGACUAGGGCAAAAUGGGGCCAAAGAAAAUAAAGAUGUAGUGUAAAAAAAAAAAAAAAAAAAAAAAAAAAAAGUUAUUUAUAAGUUAUCUUCUUCAGGAAAUCACGACGCUCUCUGGCAGCUCCCAUAUCAUUCCAUUCUGUUUAGUAAGAUAUAAUUUCUACCUAGCAAUGUUAUAGAAUACAUAGUAGCUAUAUUAUGCUAAGUAUUUAUUGCAUAUCAUAUAUUUAUUUUCAUACCCUUUUGAAGUGACCUUGGAUGAUUCUCACCGCUGUCCUGCUCUGAUUAAUUUCUUCUUGCUCCCUGUCCUCGACUAUUUAUGCAAUUCUGGUUAUACGCUUUGGAAAGUUAUUUUUGUAUGGUCGAUAAUCAUUAAUUAUAAUACAGUGUACAAUUCGGCAUUUGUGUGUGAAAGAAAGGCAAGGAAACCACACAGUACAGGGAGGCACUUGAGCUUCAGUAUCAAUUCUUCUCUGCGGCCUGUUGGGAUUUUCUGAAAGUUACGUUUUCUUGAAUCUGUAGACCCUCUGCGCACAAAAUAAGAUAAAGUUACAAAGUUAGGGGCUGGAAGAAAUAUCCAGUGUCACUUUAACUUUAUAUUCACCCUUUCCUUUCCUCCACAUAGAGAGAAAGCACAGGAUUUGGCUUGCUAACUUCCAAAAUAUCAGAUAUCCCCCUGAGAAAAUUCUUGCUGUUUCAAUCGAUUGAAUCUUUCGAGAAUAAUUUUCAUUUCUUCCCCGGCUCGAAGCAAGGUAAUCUUCACUUCCUUAAGUAAAGAGAGGAAAGAGUUGAUUACCUUUUUUUCUUGAUUCUUGAUAUAGAGAGAAAAGGAACACGAGAAAAGGAAAACAAAAAAUCGUCUGUACUUACCACUUGUUGCGUGUGGUGCCCAAACCCUGAUUAUGUAACCAAAGAUUAGAAUUUAGUGGUAUCCUUAACCUUUGCGUUUGUGUUGGAUCAUUGAGAUUUUGAAUAAAUUAUUAUAGUCA